AUGGGCAUCCCCACCAUAAAUUUCAUGGUAGUUGGCAUGGCAGCUAUGAGUUUCACAAUAGGACAACACAGCCAACGACUGCCCAAUAUCCCAAUGGCCAAGGAUCUGAUUGUACUGCUACCCAGAUUCCCCUCAUUGUUUGUCCACUUUCGAACCUUUGAAGCCCAUAAGGAAAGUAAGGGCCUCACCUUCAUGAACUGCCUUUCUAUCUCUGUGGAGGAAAGUUGGGCAAUGCUUAGCAAUACUUGCCAAGAGUUGGAAGGAAAAUUUGUGGACUAUUUUGAAAGAAGCACCGGGCAGUUCAUGUUUCCUAUGGGGAUUUCCAUGCCCAGUCUACCACCUCGGCCUGAUGUAGACCAUUGGUUAGCCUGUGAAAUUCCAUUCCUAUGUGUUCUUUUCAUCGAUGCGGGGGCUGAGUUGCAUAGAGUGUCUGAGGAUUGCACCCCUAGCAGAGGACUCGUGGUUACAGAGUGGGCGCCUCAAUUGCACAUUUUAAACCAUCCUUCCACUGGAGCUUUUCUUUCACAUUAUGGGUGGAAUUCGGUGACAGAAGGCCUGAGGUUUGGAGUACCUAUUGUUUCUCUUCCAAUCCAGUUCAACCAGCCUUUAGUUGCUAGGCUAAUGGCUGACGAAUUGAAGAUGGGAGUGGAGGUUAAAAGAAAUGAGGAGGAUGGUUCUUUCACUAAGGAGGAUGUAGCUAAAGACGUCAAGUUGUGA